AUGCUCUCCUUGCUCCGGGAAGAUCUUGCUGAUCGAAUUGCGGAUAGUCUUCUGGAAAACGGCGAUGACAUCCCAAACCUGUGUCCAGACCUCAGUCAAAAGGUGUUCGACUCUCUGUUCACCUAUUCCAACCGACCGAUUAGUGACUCCGCCGUGGAGCGGAUAUCCGAAAAGUUGACAUUUUCGAGCGUCGUCCUGAAUCGUGCCGUUUCGAAAAGUCACUGUAGUAUGAUAUAUAAACAGAAUUUGGAGAAAUUGGAGAUUUCCGAUUUGGAUGAUGAUGACGAAUCCGAGGUUCCUGUCGACAUAUUGGGGAUUCUGAAGAUGCUUCUGAAUCCCAAAAGUUGUAAAGAUCUGACGGAAAUAGUGAUUGGAGGAAAUCGACUGAAAUUCGUGAAUGAUUGGAUUGCAUCGAUGUCCACCAUGCUGCCUUCUCUGAAAUAUUUGAAUAUUCGAAACUGUAAAAUCAGUCAAAAAGACUUCGAGGCUCUAACCAUUUGCCUUCCCAAUAUCACUUCUUUGGAUAUUUCAAAUACUGGAAUUGAGAGGAUAAAAGGGAUCGGAAAUAUGAAAACGCUGGAGUCUCUUAACGUGUCGAAUCUGGAAAUUGGCUCCGUCGAUAUUCUGGAAGUGUUCAGACUCUGCAAGUUGAAAUAUCUCGAUUUGAGCAAGCCGCAAAAAGCGUGGGAACUGGAUUUCUCACGAAAUCUGAAGUGCUUUAUGGAGUGUGACGGUGUUCUUCUCAACCUCGAGUUUAUCGAUUUUUCUGGAAAUUUCCAUAGUGAACAGAUGAUUUGGGAUCUGUUGGAGACACACACCACACUCAGAUAUUUGUGCUUUUUUGAUUUCGACGGCAUCAACUGUCCUCCGAAUUUCCAACACGAGUACCCCCACAUCCAUCCCCUGACCACCAACUCCUUCCGCAACUGCAUGAAAUCCAUGAAUCACUUCGUCCACCCAUUCAGAAGUCACAAACUAGUCGAGAUUCUUAAAAUGAUGGCAUUCCACAUUCAACGAUUGGAAUUGAAUGAGACCGAUGAGCUCACCACGAUCUACGAACAGAAACGAGCGAUUCUGAAGACGUUGUCACUUCUGAAUCUCCCGCAGAGAUGUGUCUUCGUGAAUACUCAAGUGACGGCGUGUGUACUCGAAAUGUGCCGGAAAUUCGGUGUCUCCAUGUUCACAACGAAAGAGAAUUCCGGUAUCAUCAAAACACUUCUGUCGGUUGAUAAAUGGUGGAAAUGGACACCUGGGAAAUUCACAGAACCAUCCCAUAGACUUCACGCCAACUCUCUGGAAAUUCUGAAUCUAUUCCUCCCCGCCGUCUCCACUCCAGAAGACGUCGAGAGGAUUCUGAAUCGAAAUCUGAAGAUUGUGAUGAGAAACGAAUAUUACAAAGAAGUGAUUCCCGAGUGUCUCCAAGUGAUCAAUCAAUGGAUUCCUCGAAUUUCAGACGACUAUUUUAAGAGAAUAUGCAAUGAUUAUGAGUUGAAGGAGAAGAUUCUGGAGAUGAUUAUCAUGAGUUCACAGGAUUCUGAGUUCCAUGUCGCCGUUUUGAUCUCGAUUCUCUGCGCGAUGAAAUCGAGGAAUCUGGAGGAGAAGACGCUGAAAAACGAGUGUUUCGACGUGAAUACGAUAUGUGUUUUGAAGGAAACCAUCAUGCAGAACUUUGAUUUUUCGAGCAUUCAGAAGCAGGUACUCAUCGGAUUCGAGAGGUUUGUGAGGACGAUGAAGGCGGAGGUUUUUAUGGAGUGGAUGGAUGAGACGUGGUUUUUGGAAUUGAUAAAAAUGUCAUUUGACAAGAACUGGUCUGAAUACGGUCGCCGCACGGCCACCGUCUCCUUCCUCGUCACCAUCUGGAUUCUCAACACAGACAACGAAAUUGUUGAGAUUCUGAAGCAAAACAUUGUCGAUGAAUUCAUGAACAUUGUGGAUAAAUCAGAAGACGUCAGAGGGGAUGUCAGAAUGGGAAUGGAGCAGAUUCUCGAGAUGGCUGAGUUGCCGGAUACAAGUGCUUUCGUCGGUUGGCUUGCUGCACAGAUUUAUUUUAUGUAA